AUGACCAAAGCAGACGUGAGACCAGAUUCGAAUUUGUCAGGACUGGAGCAUCCCACAACCUCGACCUCAAAGAAGGAAAAGAAGAGAAAACCCUAUGUCAAGAGAGCAUGCUUGAGUUGUCAUUCAGCACAUGUAGCUUGUGAUUCAGAAAGACCCUGUCGAAGAUGCAAGAAGAAGGGAAUUCCAUGUGUCGAUUACAUACCCUCAAAGAAAUCUAAAUCCAACAAGACUUCAACCUCUGAUGACGACGAGGCUGAACAGGUGCAAACACUACUAACGGACAACAACAGCCAAUCAGAACCUUCAAACAGCAACGUCGUAGGAGAUCAUCCAACAACAUUACAACAUGAUACAUCAUCGACAACAACAACAACCAACACCACUAUCCACAACACUACACAUAAUCCUUCUCAUCUCUCUUCAUCAUCACCCGAAAAGUCACCCAACAGAAAAAGGAAAAAGAAGGAAAGUUGUGGUGGUGUUCUGCGAGUGGAGACACCCUCUUCCAACCAUUUUCUCAUAUCAUCAUCAGAUCAAGAGGACGAACCUCAAACAUCUUCUUGCAUUUCUAAUCAAUCAUCUUCCAACAAGUACGAUAGCACUCUUACAGCUUCCAAAUCAAGUUUGGUUCAACAUGCCUUGUCCUUAUCGGAAAAGCAAAAUCAAAAGAAAGAAGUGAAAACACUCCCUCUCGUGGUGGAAAAACCAAAAUCCUCAAACACCUUAAUUAUUGAGGAUGAUAUUGAGAAUCCAUUAAUGGCAACAUCUCCAGUCAGUGCUGUGGAUGUUUUAUCAAUGAUUGAUGGAUUUGCAACCUCCCCGACCACCACCAGCACUGCUGCCACAAUACCUAUUACGAUCUCUCAAAAUUCUGUGAAUACAACAACCACUCUCCUCAAUAAUACAGGAGGAGUCUCCACCACCACCACCACCACCACUACAGACACGAACACCACAACCAACAAUUCUGUGAAUACAACCACCACGAGUGGCAACAUCAGUGAAACAACGACCAAACCAACAAGUGUGAUUUAUCCAUACUUUUACAAUCCGUGGUGGUAUAUGGCUCAACUUCAACAAAAUCAAACUUCAGGUGGAACAACUAAUGCUCAACAACAGCCUCAACAACAACAACUCAUGGGCAUUCCACCAUAUCCUGUAAUUUUUGCUCCAAUUCCUGCCACUCAACUCGGUCAACAACCAUUUGUUUAUAAUCCCAAUUCUUCUUCCUCCUCACUUCCAACCACAAGUCAAUUAACACCUACUUCACCCAUGCAAACAGACUCUGCUCCUUCUCCUUCCACAGCAUUUCCAAUGUUUGCCGCAGAUCCCUAUCAUUUAUAUGGUGCAUCAUUUGCAUUUGUUCCAAAGCCAAUUACCAUGUUAGAAAAUACUGAUGACGGUUUUAUCGACCUUCAAGUCCCAAGUGCUUCACAACCUCUUUCUAGUGCAUCCAAGUUUGAAGACUUGGAUGUGAAUAGCGAUGGAAUUGUUGAAGAGUCAGUAGCAGGUAUUUUGCCGCAAUCUGAAGACACAAACAAACAUGUGACAGCUAUUAAUGACACGCAUGCAACAACCACCGACAACUUGGCAAUUUUUGACGACAUUGAUUACUUUGAGAGCGAUACGAGCAGAAAUAACGGCAGCAAUUCAGAUCUUUCUGUUUUCACAUGGCAAGACAGUCCCUCUCUUGAGAAGAAGAAGCUAACAAGACCUGCCAGUAACAGAGCAAUUUCGUCUGAUGAUGAGAUUAUUGAUUUAAUCACAUCAGAAGCAUCUUUACUGCACGAAAGAGCAAAGGAGCAGCAGAAUUCGAAUCGCCAAAACGGAAAUGUUGCCAGCAACAGCAUUUCAUCCUCGAGUUCAGACAACCAAUCAUCCUUAACAACACCAGAGGAGAUUAAUUUUGUCAUCAGUCAAGCACCAGAUAAUAUGUUAAUGAAACAAAAGUUGGGAGACAUUAUCAAACAGAUUUGGCAAACACAAGAAAAUCAAAGCAAGGAGAUUAAUGAGUUGAAGCAACUUGUUAGCGAAUUGAAGAGAAUGAUUAUUUCGUAA